UUAAGAAAAUGCUUAUCACACCUCAAAGCCAAAAUUUAUUUGUAUUAUUUCUCUUCUCUUAUUUAUUUUUUCUAACAUAACCAACUCAACAGGCCAAUACCUGGAAAAAUGAAUGAACUAAAGGUGGAAGAUCAAACCAGUCCGGCUAUAAAUACAGGGCAUUUACAAUAAUAUAUCACACACAUAAUCAUAGCCUUUCUCUCUAGAUUACAAUGGCAGAGAGCUCAAUCUCGACCAAGUCAUCUUCAGCUGAUAUGACACCAGAUGAACAAUCCGACCAGAAACCCUCUUCAUCACUGAAGCUAUUUGGUUUUUCACUAACUGAGCAAGAAGAAAAUUUAGAGAAAGCUGAAGAUUUUGGAAAAAGCAGGAAAUUUGAGUGUCCAUUUUGCCACCGAGUAUUUGCCAACUCUCAAGCACUAGGGGGGCAUCAAAAUGCACACAAGAGAGAGCGUCAAAGAGCAAGGCGAGCCCAGUUUCACAGCCAUCUACGGUACUUAGCAGCUGCGCCUGUUUUAAGCUCCCAUGCAGGAAGGUCGAUGACGCCAACGUUUCCUAGAGGGUCCACUAGCAACAAUGCUGGUAAAUUUGUGUCACAACCAGGUUGUUGUCCAUCACGGCAACUGCUGCUUCCCUCAACUCCUUGUCAGUACCCUCCUCGAAUUUACAUAGCGCAGCCAAUGCAUUUUUCCACACCAGCCCCGGAAUUGAAUGAAUUUUCUGGUAAAUUGACAGAGGCGGACAUAGGCGUUGAUCUUCAUCUUAAACUUUCUCCUUCAGGUUGUUAGAUAACCCCUCUAUAGAAAUGU